AUGGAUUCCAGAAAAGAUAUCUACAACCUUUGGGUGCAAUACACGACGAAGAACGAGGAAUCUUACUUUCGCCAGUUCAUAGCAGGGUUUGUCAGUAUAUGGCACUCCCAGCUGCAGCUCGACUUCGAAAACGCCCCCCGAUGGGACAAGGUGGCGCCGGAUCUCGGUCCACAUUUGAGUCGCCUGCCAGACGAGCUGCUACCUGCGAUAGAAAAGUUUCUGAUAAUCGCACGAGAUGGCUGUGAGAAUGUAAGCAGUGCGCGUGAUAGUUCGAUGAGCGAAAAUGUGCUGCUGGUCCAAUGUCUGACCGUAAUUUGUCGUCAUUUCGAAAACAUUUCCUCCGUCAUCAACUCCAGCAACAUUUCCAGCUGUAUCGCCAUUUCUAAUUGUAUUAUAACACAGCUUAACAAGGAGCAGCAAUCCAUCGACCCGGAAGCGGAUGUACUGUUUGUGAAAAGUGUGGCCCGACUGCUGGAAGUGCUGUACGAUCCGUACUUGACGUGGAGAAGCUAUCUGCGCGGUGAACACGCCGAUUACGGUAGCUUGAGCUACAAAAUAUCUCAACUGCAACCGGAAAUAGUGCCAUUUAUAUACGAUUGCUUCCAGAGCGGUAAAGCUACCAAGAACGCGCGUAUUGGCGUGGACUUGGUCCACAUUCUCGGUGCAGUCAUUGCGGGAUCUCAGGGAGCUUUACUUAACGUUCCGCUACCUAAUGUCAAUUCAUACUAUUUAAAUAAUCCGGUCGGUGAAGGAAACGAACAUGUUUCGCACAAUGGGCUCCGUGCCAUAAGCCCUGCAACAGUUACCAUCAUUAUAGAAGUAAUUUGUAAAUGGGAAAGCGACGCUGAACUUCGGGCACUGAUGCUCCAUUGUUUCGCAUUAAUGGCAGUUAUUCUUCAAAAGUCUAGUCCGGAACAGCGUCAAAUUGAUUUGCUGACCAUUUUUCAACUGUACAUAGGUUCGAUACGUGACCUGCUGACGACGGAACACUUUUUGACUAAAAGUUCCUCGAUCGGUAGUUUCGAAUUGUCUCACGACGAUGAUAAUUACAUCGAUGUUGGUGCACUCUGUGCCGCUUUAGCGAUCAUACGCGAAUUUGUACCGGACCACGCAAACAAACUCAUCCUGUGCAAUGCCUUGUUCGAGGCAAAGUUUCUCGCCAAUUUGGUACAGAUUCCGGAACAAGUGAAGAAAUGGAACAUUGAUCAUCAAGCUCUCGGUACGGUGCUAGUAGAAACGCUGCAGAAGUUGUGUUGCAAUUCAGAAAAAAUGCAACACAAUCUGAUGCACACGAAUUACAUCAAUGUGCUGUUUGAUGGCCUGCGUGCUUUCGGCAAACCGUCGUCAAGCCUGAUCAGUCAAUGUUUGGGUUUCGCAUUUGACGAACAUGAUACACGGCAGGCGAACCCCGUGGUCAUCGUAAAGCUGAUAGAAUGGAUUCCGCUAAUGGGAGAAACGGAGCAGAACAUGCUUAGCGAAGUGCUGUUGAAGAAAUGUGCAGCCACUAUGCAAAGCAAGCAACACGUCUGCAGUCAGAAGUCAAUCAAACGAAUCGUGGAUGUUUGCCUCUCAUGUUCGCAACGCUUGUCUUCAAAAUGUGCAAUAAAUCUGCUGAAACUGAUCGAAGAGCUAGCCAAAUAUAGCAUCUAUCCGGCGGAAGUGAACAGUUUGUUCCGCCUGUUGCGCCCCGAGACACAGUUCGAGUACCGUAAGCUACUGCUUGAAACACUGUUGCGCAUAACGCAUCACCGAAGUACGGUGGGUAUCGUACCGGACAAUUUUCUCGACAUUCAAACGAACACGAGCGGCAUAACGAUACCGGAGAUACGCAAAUGGGAAACGACACAUGGUUUCGUGUUUCACGCCUGGCUACGAUUGGAGGAGGAACAUUCGAUAGCGCAGAACUAUCGCCGGCAACUGUUUAGUUUGACGACCAACUACGGUACUGGGUAUGAAUUUUUCAUCCAGAAAAAUGGCAACUUUGUGGUGAGUGUUAUCACGAAGAAGGAAUUCUUCACCGCCACCGUACAGUCGCCCCAGCUGCUCGAUGGCCGUUGGCAUUCGGUGACGGUCAGUGUCGUACCACCGAAGCGGCUGUUUUCGUACCAUCAGAUAAACGUGUACAUCGAUUCGGUGCAAAAGCUUGGAUCGACGAUGAAGUAUGCAUCGUUUGCGGAAGUGUUCUACUACUGCUCGAUCGGUGCACCUCCUGUACCGAUCGAUCUGACUGCAUCGUCGAGCGGCGAGAAGGAGGAGAAAGUAAAACCUUCUGGUCUGUUUCCGAACCUGAUCGAGCGCACAUUCUUCCCGGGGCUGGUAUCGCAAGUGCCGAACUAUUUUACGCUACCAAGCAAAUCUACGUCGUCGCUCGAUCCGAGCGUUAAGUCGUACCCCAUCGGUAUGCAGGACCUUGUGUUCGGUGAAGCGAUCUGUCUGAAGGGACAGCUGGGAACCGUGUUACUGGCGGAUACGAAUGUGAACCUGAAGAGUUUGUUCGAAGCCGGUCCGAAUGUGGCGAACGUGCUGGCAACGGAUAUGAUCGAAUCGUUCGAUAUGGCCUCCAAGUUUGUGUUUUGUUUCGCUCCUAAUGCAUGUUUCGAUGGGCUGUGUUUGGAUCUCGCACCGGGAAAUCAAUACAACGGCCAUCUGGUGGCCAGCGUGGCCAAUACGCUUUCGUUGCAGAACGCUCUGAACGGAAUCGGUGGUAUGGUGGCGUUGUUACCGAUUGUAGACAGCAUAGCGCUGUUGCCGGACUCGGAUAUUCCAUCGGCAAACGAACUGAUAUCGCUUAGCCCAGUAGAAUCGCCCCUGAAGGAGGAACACUUUGGUGAUUGGGAAAUGUUGCAGGUGAACUCAUUGACCGAGGCAAAAAUAAUUCAAAACCCGAUGGCUUGUUUUCUGUGCCUGGUACGCAACUUUAUCAGUGGCAGUGAGCUGAACAAAGAGAACAUGCUGAAAAAUGACGCAAUUGCCAUCAUGAGCACAUUGCUUCAGCGGUGUAACGAGCGACUGUUCGACGUAAAUGUGCUAAUGGCGAUGCAGCUGCUGAUCGAGUCGAUACAGAAUGAAAUGCCGUCCGGAAAUAUGGAGCUGCUGCAUGUGCUGCAUCGCGAUCUGGUGUUUAACUUUCGCAUCUGGGCGAAAGCACAGUUUCAGAUUGUGAUCGGCCACGUACAGUACAUCAGCACCAUUAUCAAGGAUGAUCGGAAAUACUUUCGGCGCCACUUUGGUAUACAGUUUGUGUUGGAUGUGAUACAUGAGCAUUUCACACACAGUACGAACCUUCCAGCGCAGGAUGCAAAGAUGGUGCGGGAGUCGCUGCUGAGGAUCGUCCGGUACUAUAUUCAGAAGGAGGUCAACAUAAAGGAGAUAUCGGCGGUUUUGACAUUCCUCACUACAACAAAGCACGAGUCGACGGUUGGAGAAAUUAUCGAUAUGCUCAUACUGCUGAUUGAAGGAAAACACGUGAAGGAUCAAAUAUUCUUACUUAUGUAUGAGCCACACAUGGCAGAAGCGAUGUACAUGCUAUUUAUCGAUCGUCAUUUUGGCAGCGAAGUGCACACGAAGCUUAUCAAAUUCAUCACUGGUAUGCUGUGUACCAAGAGAAUAUCGGCGAAACAUAAGGCAGCGUUAAGACUGUACGAUACAACCAUCGAAUGCCAUAGCCUUUAUCCCGGGUUGUUCUCUUUUAUGCUUCCCUUCCAACUGGAACCGCACGUUAUCCUUGGUCUGUUGGAUCUCAAUUUGAGCUCCGACACGGAAAUGGGUUACGCCGGCGCACUGUGUCUUAUGUAUCAUUCCAACCUUUCGGAACUGUCGCUUAAGUUGGAAAUAGCCCGUCGUCUAAUGACGAACACUUUCACGAAACCAAAAGCCCCCCAAAUGAUAGCGAAACAGGUCGGUUGGCAGGAGUCUAUUGCACGGCUGUUGAUAAAGAAACCGGUCGAAAACCGCCCGGAACAGGAAGGAUCCGAGAAGGGUAAGGAAAAUUUGCUCACCGACAUGGACGAGGUAGUAAAGCGGGAAAGCGAAUCGUCCGUGGCUGGAGCGGGUGUUGAUGAUUUGAUCGUGUUUGAUGAAGACAAUCUGGAGCUGCACGUACAGGAAGGCGGUAAGCAACCGAACUCCUUCAUGGCCGAAGCGGCAACGGCAAUUGAGCACGAAAUUAAGGAACUGGCAGAUACGGUCCAGGAAGCGGUAGUAGACAACAUUGCUUCAUCGAUCACGUCAGUUUACUCUGUAAUACGGCAGAAGACGUCGGAUAUACAGGAUACGAUCGGUUCGCUAACACUGAGCUUCGAAGAGUCUGCUGGACGGAAGAAAAAAUCCUCCUUAAGCAGUAGCAGCGAGGAAAAUGUGUCCCUGGACGAGUCAGGAUCGCUUGCUGGAACAGGUUCGAUGGUGGUGGAGGAUCUGCAGUCGACGAAGAGUGCCGAAGAGUUGGACAGUAGUGCGGGAAAUAGUGUUGAUUCGACCAGUGAAAAGUACGCAGAUGAUAACGAGGAAGAAAAUCUCGUUUGUCUAGUGUCCAGCAGUUUGUUUACGAUUUUGUGGCGUGGUGUUGAAAAUUCCAACGAUUCGUGGCAGGAACGGGGUCAGGUGAUGGCCUGCAUCAACCUGAUUGCGCUAAAUAAUGAGCUGUACUGUUCCCACCUGGCAUUGCGGCUGCGAAUACUGGAGAUGGGUGUACAGGCAGCCCUUAUGGAUCUGGCAGAAAAUACACACCUUGCACUAAUCCAUCAGCAAAAUGCGGCCCAACUGUUACGGCUUGCGUACGAUUUGGUUGUGCUGGAUCCGAACGAGGACGAUUCGAAGAAGUGUUCGGUGAAGCUGCUCGACGGUGUCUUAUCGCUGCUGGACAUACUGAUGGUCUUUCAGCAAAGCAGUAGCGAUGAUUGGUCCGAAAUGUCGCAUCUCUGUUUGGGACUGCUGCUAAAGUGCUCGCACAACGCUAAUUCGGAGAUAGUGGCAAUGGCAACGGCGAAGCUGCAUGCGUUGCUGCAGAAUCGCAUCAAUCAAGACCCGGCCGAAAUAGGCUACCUAAUGUACAGUCUCAACCAAGCAAUGUGCAACGCAAUAGAGGUGGACAACUCGGAGCAGUACUCGUUCCUCAUACCGGUAAUGAAGGCGUUGCUGGAGAAAUCGCGCACGGUGCUUGGAUUGGCCACACACACGCCGGAUCUACCGGCGACAUCGUCUGGUCCGAUUUUCUUUCAAGAUUUUCAAACGUACUGUGCUAGUCGCCAGUGGACAACAUUCGUCGAUAAAAAGAUAAAACCACUGUACACAUCGUACCAGAAAGAUCUUUCCAAUACGCUCUGGGAACCGUUAAACACAUUUUGGGCAGAAUGUUAUGAAUCGUGCAAGUUGUCCUCACAACGUCGGGCCAAACUGCAAAUGGAAAGUCGCCGAAAAUUUCAGGAGCGAAUACUGGUACCGUGCAGAAUACGUCAAUCAGAGGAGAAUGCGCGUCUCAGCAUACAGCAAACCCAGCGAAAGGCAAAAGACGCAAACACCGAGCGACGGUGGCUCAAUCUUCAGCGAUUUCUUUACGGGCCGAAGGGCGCUUGGAGCAAACACAACCGAGAGGAAGAGUAUUGGCGACUAUCCCAUCACGAAAAUGUGGCCCGUAUGCGGCUGAAGCUAGAACCGGACCUGUAUCACGAUCCACACACGGCAGCCGCCAAUUUGCGUGACAAUACUACGUCUACCUCGCAGAGCCGCCGAUUAUCAUCGGAGUUCGGAUCAACGUUUGCACCAGCAGCCAUGGGCGAGGAGAAUGCCGAUGAGGAGAUGCUGCUGCUGGAGGAGGAGAUGAGAAACAGUAUGGAGCCGCAAGUCCCGGAAACAUCCGGCAAGGAGAAAAUCGUCAUCUCGCAGGAGUGCGAACUGAUCACCCUGAUGACACGCGUGAAAGGCAGAUUCGAUCUGACUACGAGCCAGAUAAUGUUUACCGAAAUAGCAUCCCUGAAGGACGAUGGCCAGCGACACGAUUUCAAAUGUCCGAUCGGUCAGCUGCGUGAGCUCCACCUGCGGAAGUUUAACUUACGGCGAAGCGCGCUAGAAAUGUUUCUGAUCGAUCAGACGAGCUAUUUCCUGAACUUUACGACACGCACGCGCAACAAAAUAUUCACCAAAAUCCUCAGCCUGCAGCCACCGAACAUUCUGUACGGGUCGGGACGGUCGCCGGCCGAGCUUUUGAAGUCAUCCGGUUUGACGCAGAAAUGGGCGAAUCGCGAAAUAUCAAACUUCGAAUAUCUGAUGCAUUUGAACACGAUUGCCGGUCGAUCGUAUAACGAUCUCAGUCAGUAUCCGGUGUUUCCCUGGAUAUUGGCCGACUAUACGAGCGAAGUGCUUGACCUGAACGAUCCGAAAUCGUUUCGCGACCUCAGCAAACCGAUCGGCGUUGUCAAUACGAAGAACGAAGCCGAAGUAAGGAACAAGUUCGAUGGGUUUGAGGAUCCGUCCGGAAUGAUACCGAAAUUCCACUAUGGCACCCAUUACUCCAACUCGGCCGGUGUGCUGCAUUAUUUGAUUCGGGUCGAACCAUUCACCUCGUUGCACAUCGAACUGCAGAGCGGUCGGUUCGACGUUGCCGACCGUCAGUUCCAUUCGAUUCCGCAAACCUGGAAACUGCUAAUGGACAACCCGAACGACGUGAAGGAGCUUAUACCGGAGUUUUUCUACUUUCCGGAGUUUCUGAAAAACAUGAACCGCUUUGACUUGGGUGUGCUGCAGAUGACGAAGGAAAAGGUAGACGAUGUGGUGCUACCGGCAUGGGCCAAAACGGCCGAAGACUUCAUCGCGAUCCAUCGGCGAGCGCUGGAAUCGGAGUACGUGUCGCAGCAUCUGCAUCACUGGAUCGAUCUUAUCUUCGGCUACAGACAGAAGGGUCCGAAAGCGGUGGAGGCACUGAACGUGUUUUACUACUGCUCGUACGAAGGUGCGGUCGAUCUGGACAAGAUAGCGAACCCGGUUGAGCGUGAAGCCGUGGAAGGGAUGAUAAACAACUUUGGCCAAACGCCUUCGCAGCUGUUGCGGGAUCCACAUCCACGCCGUUUGUCGCUGGAUGAGCUUACGAUUCGUUUGCUAAAGCUAGAGCUAAAGCGACCGGAUAUUACCCUUAUACUUGAUCGCGUGCAAUGCACUGCGUGCGAUUUAUCCACCGACAAGGAUCCAGUCGUUUAUCUGAGCACACCGAAAAGUCCCCCAAGAUCGUUCCUGCAAACCAGCCCGGAUAUGCUAAUCACGGUCACUAAAUCGGGUAUUCUGGGUUGUCACAGUUGGAUGUCGUUCGAUAAAGAGCGAGGAUUUUUGCUGGAAAUAGAUGCCACCACACUGAACCUGAAAAAUCGUAAAAAGUUGAUCGGUCCAUUUCAUCCAUCGGUGACCCUCAACUCAAAACUGUUUGCAGUCAGCGUGGAUGCAAAGUAUAUCUAUGCCGGAGGGAUCUGGGACAACUCAGUGCGUGUUUUUAACAUGGCACGUGGAAAAGUUGUUGCAUCAGCAAUAAAUCAUUUUGAUGUGGUGACUUGUAUCGCUAUGGAUAACUGUGGUUCGUAUCUGGUGACUGGAUCAAAGGACUGUACUUGUGUUAUUUGGUCCCUUAGUACGAACAGUGGCGCCAGUCAACCCACAGGAUCUAAUCUGCAACCCAACACAGCCGCGCUGAAUCAGAACCUAGCCGGAAACGUGGUGGGCAGCGCGAAUGUUGUACAUCUUACCAAUAACCUCACUCCGAAACCGGUACACACGCUGUACGGACAUGACGAUGCCAUAUCUUGUGUAGCCAUCAUGACCGAAUUGGACAUUGUCGUUUCCGGCUCGUUGGACGGUACUGUGAAUGUGCAUACCAUCAAGAAUGGACAAUUCAUUAGGACAAUAAAUCCCAUCGGGUGUACGGGUCUGAGAAUUGAAAUAUCCUUCAUUACGCUAUCGUAUCAAGGUCAUAUAGCCUUCUCGGCACUCGAUGACACCUCACAUUCGGUGCACGUGUUCAGCAUUAAUGGUGUUAACCUCGGUUCAAAGUACGUAUCCGGUCGUGUAACUGGGUUGACCGCAGCAUCCGACUACCUGGUGGUUUCGGACGAUGCUGGCGAUGUUACGAUGAGCCGCCUGUAUGGACUAAAACCCAUCUUCGACAUUCCUUUGCACGUCCCGACGCAAACAGUUGUCGGAACAGGGGGUAAUACGCAUCUGUUGGCGCCCCUACGCGAUGGAAGCUUGGGCGUGAUCGGAAUCCAACAACCAAUCGUUUAUAAAAAGCAUACCGUUCUAAACGUCUAACCUUCCGCAAGAUUCCACGUCUGGUACAAAUACCAGUAUUUAUGCUAGUUACAUCCACGCACAGUCAGUAUUCCAAAUGUAGAAAUCUAAUUCGAACCGUGUAGUUCUCUCCUCAAUUAGAAUCAUGGUUUACAAUAUUCAGUGUCAAAAGGUGUCGUACUUAAUACAGGCAUGCGUUAUGUUUUUAUUGUGUGUUUUUAUAUUUUGUUAAUUUUAUUUUCGCCAAAUUGGACUAGUAAACAAAUCAUUGUGUUGUCAUAAGAAACCUACCAUCCUUUGCGUGUAGAAUGUAACCGAUAGUAACAGAGCAUGAGCUCAAUCGCAAUUUUUCCUCAGCAUUCAUGCAUUUGCAAACUGCUUUCCCCUGCUGUAUUAUUUCUUGACGACGAUAACAUAAACAAAUAUUUCGAUAAGAAUCCUUUUAAUAACGCAAAACUAAAGGUCUAUAAAGUAGAAUAAUGUGAAUGUUGGACAUGUUGUUAUAGCUGAAUAUUGGAACGAAGGUACAUAUUGUUUUAACAUUGUAAACAAAAACACGGAGAAAAGUAAAAUUUGUAACCAAUGAAAAUAAAUCACAGACAUAACGUUGAAAUAGCGCAAGAACGCUAGUAGCAAGUUGUAGCAAAACGACACUGUAUUGUUUCCUAAAAAAGAAAGUGAUCGUGAAUAGAUUUGCCACUGUGAGUACCAACCGGCAUCGGUUUGUAGUUGGUGCAGUAUUUAUGUUGAGGUUCGUGAAUGGAAAUUUCAGUUCACAAUUUCGAAAAGAUUUUUAUUUAACAUCUGAUUUAUAUUUUUCCAGAUUGUUCUUCUCACUGCUGUUACAACUCAAACGAAUAAACUAUACU